UCUCAGUUUAACCAGAGUCCGAGUGGGAAGGCCAACGCCGUUCAAAAUGUCUUCAUCGUGGCUGCUCGAUCUGGACGAAGAGGUGAGCGCCCUGCGAGGGGUGUCCCGCCGCAGGGUGCAGGUGGCCAAGGACGACUUUGCGCUGUUCACGGACCGACGUGUGGGCAGCGCCAGCAGCACCGUGGCCCAGCUGGACACGUGGCUCGCCAACCACAUGACCUGCAGCAGGUCGUCCUCUUAUUUCAAAAAGUGGAGGAGCGGCUCCCAGCGCGUUUUUAGCGACGAUGAGGACGACGAGUUGGUUCCUCCGCUUUCCUCCAAACAGGAAGAUACACAUUCUCUGCGUCAUUUGCGAGAACGAAAUAAGAAACUCGAAGCUGUCAUUAAUGAUGUCAUGGAAGUCAAUAAACGAUGGCAAAAGCACCACUCAGAGCGCGAAGUUUAUUUGCAAAAACUGCAAAACACGAUUGCGGAGCUGCAGCAAAGGGAGCUGCAAAGUGCUGUGAAAGAGAAUUCUUCCCCCACGAAGAGUUUGACGGUGACGCCGGAAAGACUUGCACAAAUUGAAGCAGAUAAUGCUCAGUUGAGGCUCGACUUGGAAUCCGCGCAUCGAAAGGUUCAGGCCAUGGAGAAAGAGCACCGGGAGCACGUCCAAUUGCUCAAUAUUCAGGUUCGCUCUUAUCGAGAUGACUGGGAAGCUGAGAGGAGAGAGAAAGAACAGGCUUUAAUUGAUAAGGCUACUUUAGAGGAAAGGUGCAGAAACCUGGAGGAAAAGUUGCUUUCCGAAAAACAAAAGGUUACACCGCCAGUGGAAAAAGCAGUGAUGAAUAUAGCGCCGUGCGGAUGCGCGCAGGAGGCACCUGUGGCGUGCAGGCGAGAUUGCCAUCAUGCAAACAAAAACAGCACCUUCAGGUCUUCUGUCCAUCUUCCGUGCAUAUCCAACAAAGCGAGUAGGCGCCGAGCAACUCUUGAAAGCUCGCAAUCCAUCGAUUCAAGCCGAACUUCUAGUCCAUCUGCAUCUGUGUCCACCGAGUCAGGCAUUGUCACCAUCGGUUUUGAGGAUGGCCUUGCCUCUGUCACUAGUUUCACUUACCCCCCAGACACACCGUUUUCCAUCUCGAGCAAAUCUCUCGAGAUUCCUGCAGCAAAUUCCGAUGGCGAGACUGAGGAUUGGUGCCAAGGACGAAAUGAUGAAGGAGUGUUGACGCAAACCAAUGAACAAGUAAUCUGCCCUCGUUGCAAGCGCGUUUUCCCCCCAGACAAGCACAUUGACUUCCUUGACCAUUUUGACCAUUGCCCCGACCAACCUCAAUAUACUAUUUGUAAAUGAGGAUAAAAUAUUGUGUUUCACUAAAUGCUAUAUGGUCUGAUUGUGUAAUAACUGAAGAUGUUUAAUUGUUAAAUUAAUAGGAGAUAUUGCUGUUGAACCCUUAAGUGUUGAUUGAUGUUAAAUGUUUAGAGCAAAAACUGAUUGAUUAAGUAACAAAGUUGUUUUGAGGCGGCCACUCUUUGUUGUUUUAAGUUAUAAAUGGAUAAUUAUAAAAUGAAGCAA